UGCUGCUUUCACCUCGCUCCUCGCGCUCUCUUCUCUCUCUCUCUGUUUUCUGCAGAAAACAUUUUCUUGAGAAACAAGCCACAGUCACAAUCGAUCUACUCUCUGAUCUCUCAACCUCUUUGUCUCUCCCGUAGAACAAUGGUUGUUGUUAAGAGUUUUGGCCAUGGCGAGCCAGAAACGGUUGAUUUCUCCGAAACGCCGCGUUUCAGCGACGACCUUGGCUCUGCUUGCUCCACGCCGUUCGUCAGCGCUCCGUCUAGUCCCGGCCGUGGUCCUCCGCCGGGUUAUUUCUUCAGCGCACCUUCGAGUCCGAUGCAUUUCUUCCUCUGCUCCGCUGCUCCAUCGGAGAAUCCGAAGCUCGAUUCGUCUUCCUCCGGCGACUUUGAGUUUGAUUUCUCGUCUCGAUUGUCUUCGAGCAGUGGCCCUCUCGGUGGCGUAUCAAUGACCUCCGCGGAAGAGCUCUUCUCUAACGGCCAGAUCAAGCCGAUGAAGCUCUCCUCGCAUCUCCAGAGGCCUCAGAUCUUAGCGCCGCUUCUAGAUCUGGAAGAAGACGAAGAUGAUGCGAAACCAGACGGUGGUGUGAAUAGGCGUGGGAGAGAUCUGAAGUUGAGAAGCAGAUCUAUUCACCGCAAAGCAAGAUCUCUCUCUCCGCUCCGAAACGCAGCGUAUCAAUGGACUGAAGAGGAAGAGGAAGAAGAAGAAGAAGAAGGAGUUGCCGGAGAGAGAGAGGUGAAGGAAUGUAUACGGAAGCUUCAGGAAGAUUACGAGAACGAAGCGAAGAGUAACGAAAACGUUCCUUCAGCUGAAACAACGCCGUCUUGCUCGGCUUCGUCUUCUCGAUCGUCUUCUUACGGUAGAAACUCUAAGAAAUGGAUAUUCCUCAAGGAUCUGCUUCACCGGAGCAAAAGCGAAGGGAGAGGAAACGGGAAGGAGAAGUUCUGGUCCAACAUUUCUUUCUCUCCUUCCAAUUUCAAAGACAAGAAGCUCAAAUCUCAACCCCUCACUAUCUCAAAGGAAGAAAAACCGAUCCCGGAAACAGAGAACGUAUCCGUCGAGCUCAAAAAGCAGAAACAGAAACAACCGCCGGCGAAAAAAUCUCCGAUCGCCGGAAAACCAACCAACGGAAUAGCAAAACGGCGAGGAUUGCAGCCGUCUGCUCACGAGCUGCAUUACACAACGAACAGAGCUCAAGCAGAGGAGAUGAAGAAGAGGACAUACUUGCCUUACAGGCAUGGACUCUUCGGCUGUUUAGGGUUUAGUUCCAAAGGCUACAGUGCCUUGAAUGGUUUAGCUCGCAGCUUAAACCCUGUUUCAUCCGGUUAAGUCAUAGAUUAAUUAUUGUUAAGCAGAUGUUUAUGUAUAGGUUUAUGGAUUCAGUAAUCCUUAAGUUAUAAGAAAAAAAAUAGUAUGUAUGUAAGAAGAUCAUUGCAACUCUGUUGUUAGAUUUGAUUACUAUGAUUCUCUGUAGUUCUUGGGAAUGAUUUCAAAAUCUGAUUUUCUACAGUGAUGUUGUAACAGUUUUGUGACUUGUAUUAUUCUUUAAUGGCCAAGAAGUUAAAGGUUAAGAAACAA